UGCACGGGCAGUCGACUGUAUGAAGUUUGUCCCAUGUCACACUCCGUACGUAAGCCAUGGCAGUGGCUAGGUCUGCCGAGUCCGACCCGACUGGCUUCAUUCGGUUUUAAAGCUCUCUCUCUCUCAACAAAAAUGUCCCGGUUCCUCGUGUUUCUGUCAGCGGUGGUCGUGGUCUGCAGGGCCAACGUAUGUCCGUGUGAGAGGCCGGAGCUCUGUCGGCAGAUCCGCGAGGAGAGAGACUUUGAGGUGUUUGUGUUUGAUGUGGGUGGAAAGACAUGGAAGUCCUACAACUGGAGCAUGGUGACUACAGUGGCAGUGUUUGGAAAAUAUGAUGCAGAACUCAUGUGUUACGCUCACUCCAAAGGAGCACGAGUAGUCCUCAAAGGUGACGUUCCCCUCUCCUACAUUGUGGACCAAAAUAACAGGACAGCGUGGAUAACAGAGAAAGUCAACCUGGCCAAAAGUCAGUUUAUGGAUGGAAUCAAUAUCGACAUAGAACAAGCUGUGAAAGAGGGCUCACCUGAGUACCAUGCUUUGACAGACCUGGUCAAAGAGACCACUGAGGCUUUCCACAGGGAGAUCCCAGGAUCCCAGGUCUCAUUCGAUGUUGCCUGGUCACCAAAAUGUAUCGACAAGCGAUGUUAUGAUUACGUCACCAUCGCUGAAUCCUGCGAUCUGCUGUUUGUAAUGUCCUACGAUGAGCAGAGUCAGAUCAUGGGAGACUGUAUUGCAAUGGCAAACGCCCCGCUCUCUCAAACACUAAAUGCUUAUGACCAGUAUUUGAGUCUGAACAUCAAUCCAAAGAAACUAGUGAUGGGAGUUCCAUGGUACGGCUAUGACUACCCAUGCCUCAGUCUUUCCCAGGAGGGAAUAUGCUCUAUAGCCAAAGUUCAUUUCCGUGGAGCUCCCUGCAGUGACGCAGCUGGAAAACAGAAAUCAUACAAGUGGAUCAUGAAGCAGGUCAAGAGCUCGUUGUCUGGCAGGAUGUGGGACGGCAAGCAGAAGGCUCCCUACUUCAUUUACAAGGACCAGCAAGAACAGAUUCAUCAGGUUUGGUAUGAUGACCCCCAGAGUAUUUGUCCCAAGGCAGAAUCGGUGAAAUCUAAAGGUUUGAGGGGCAUUGGUGUUUGGAAUGGCAACAUCUUGGACUACAGUGAUGAAGCGGUCGCCAAGCAGCAGACUGCAAUGAUGUGGAAUGCCCUGUUAGGAUGCUAGCUGAGACACACUUAACACUGCUGCAAAAAUUUACACCACCCCUGAGCCCAAAAAGUCAAUAUAUCCCUUUGUAGCAGUAACGGGGUGCGGUUUCCCUCAGAGUUCAUGGAUGCAUACUUGCACUUCAGAGUUUAUUGUGGCUUUUAUUGCUUUUGUCUUUGAAUGUGGCUACGUCUCAGACAUUCCUCUGUGCUAACUGAAAUAAAUGUGAUUCUCUGAAAAAGACAACCAGUCUUUUUAACGUUUGGUCUGCACACACAGUAAUUUUGAUUGUUGAGCUUGUUGAAGUCUGUUCACUUUUAUAUUUUUCAUUAAUAAAACAUUUUCUGUCUAACCAAUAAA